UGAUAGUCGGUAUUUUGUCGUACUUUGAGGCGGUCAGACAAUGAGCGCCGAAGAAAAACCAUAAGAACACUAUAUGAAAAGUUACGGAAUAUACAUCAAUUAUCAAAUAUCAAUUUGCAAAUGCAUAUAGUUUUCAACAACAGAAAUUAGCAAAUUAAAAUGGCACAAAGUUCUUGCACCAUGGAAGCCCUUAUGCUAGAUUUGAAUCGUAAGAUGCUGGAUGCAAAAGAUAAUCGAGAGCUACUCAUUAAAUUUGGCCAAAUGCAGAACGAUGAAGAACGAGUAAUAUUUGCUCUGCAAUUAAUGAUGAAGUAUAAAGUGAACCUUAAUUAUGAAUCGUUGGAUAAGAAUUCUGAAAAGUCGAUACAACUAAGAGCACAGGGAAAUAAAUUAUUUAUCGGUGGGUGGGAUUAUAAAGCAGUUGAGAAAUACACUGAAAGCAUAGCGUAUGCAACAGAGUCAUCCGAAGAACUGGCUUUGGCAUAUGCAAAUAGAUCUGCAGCACUCUUUAGAAUUGAGAAAUACAAAGACUGCAUAAAUGACAUUAACAGAGCUUUGAGCUUGGAAUACCCAGAUAAAUUAAAAACAAAAUUAUAUGAACGUAAAGGACUCUGUCUCACAGCAUUGGGUGAGCCUGAUGCGGAAGCAUCAUUUAAGAAAGCUCUGGAGUGGCUUGACAAAAUGUCUUUGGAUGAAGACAAAACAAAGAAAUUGAAGAUUCAGCUGAAAAAAUUUAUUUCGGCACCGUGCGUAAUUGUUGAAAUACAGCCAGAGUCAGCACAAUAUGAAUUCCCUGAGUUUGAAACUCCGAAUUCGGAGGUCCCAUGCGCUUCAGAUGCAGUUGCAAUAAAAUAUACGCCUGAAUUGGGCAGGCAUCUUGUUGCCACUCGUAAGAUCAGACCAGGAGAAAUUUUAGCCGCAGAAAAACCAUUUGCUUUGUUUCUCAUGCCUGAAAACUUUUACACACACUGUUCCAAGUGUUUGCAAGUUUCUAUGGCCAUGACUCCAUGCAAUUAUUGCGUUAAUGCUAUGUAUUGUUCACAAGCUUGUCAAGUUCAGGCCUGGGAGGAGUAUCAUGAAAUUGAGUGCGCCAUUACUGGGCCUUUACUGCUGUUAAAGUUCAACAUGUUGGGGCUAUUUAGUAUGAGGCUAGCCAUCCUGGCGACUCAAAAAGGAAAAUAUUUGGACAAACUGAGAAAACAAAUUGACGAAAUUGAUAAUCAUAAAGAUCCACGCACAAAGGGAUUUUCUGCUGAUGGAAAGUUGCACAGUGAUCAAUAUAGUAGUGUUUAUAGUCUAGUGACAAAUACUGAGAAACGUUCAGCCCCGGAUCUCUUCGGUAGAGCAUUCAAAGCAGCUUAUAUCACACACAUAUUGAGUCGUGAAAGUAAUAUGUUUGGCGAAAAAUUGAUGCUUGAUUGUGAUGCAUUAACAAAAAAUGCAGCAGCCACAUUUGUGGGUGGGCUGAUACUAAAGCAUCAGCAAAUAAUUCCCAGCAACAUUCAUUCGUUUGGGGAGCUUCGUGGUCUAGAAGAUUAUGAGCAUGGAGCUGCAGCAAUGCCAUUUUAUAGUCUUAUUAAUCAUAGCUGUGACUCAAGUGUGACGAGACGAGCGCGGAAAGAUCAUAUAAUUCUCUAUGCUAUGUACCCGAUUGAGAAAGGUGAACAGAUAUAUGACAAUUAUGGAGUUCACUAUGCCCUGACAGUGAAGAGUAAACGGCAGCAAAAACUACUCGAACAAUUCUACUUCAAGUGCGAAUGCGAACCCUGUACCGAAGAUUGGCCUCUUUAUGACAAAAUUUGUAGUUAUCAGACACAACCGCUCCCCCAACACGCGAAAAAUAGGCUAAAAAAAAUCCUUCAAAAGCAUACCAAAUAUAUCGAUCUUGCCUAUGUAGGGAAAACAGAUCAGGACCCAAAUAUGUUGAAUAAUCUAUUGAGGAUGAUUGAAGUACUUUAUGAGCUUGUGAAGAGACCUUGUGUGGAAUUGAAUAACGUUGUGGAGACAGUUAAGCAUUACUAUGCUUUACAAGGGAAUAGAUUCGAUGUACCACUCAAACCGUAUGAGAAGUGAUACUGACAGUAUCAUUGGUAGUGGAUUUUUCUCUCAAUAUUUAAACUACGGUGCUAACUUUUCCGUUAAUCUUUGUGAAAAGAUUCAAAACACGGUGAAAUCAUUAUUUUUUUAUCUUAUUAAAGUAGCCGUCCAAAUACUUUAUAUGUUUUCAAGUCGCUAACCAUUAUCGAGAAUUUAACUUCAUUUUAUCACUAAAAAGUUAUUUCAAGAACUUUAAACACCGUACUGUAAAAUACAACGAUCAUCGACAAUAGGUUUUAGUAAUCACCUGAUAUACUGAAACUCAAUAAAAUUAAUAUCACACGUCGUAUUAAGAACAACAUUAAGUUGUUCAAAAAGUAAGAUUGUUUUAUACAAAUCGUCUUCUAUGUAAACGUCUGACAAAAAAUUGGUGCUCAAAACGAAUAUCUAGGUGUAAGUUGCAAUUUUUAUACUCUAAAAUAUGUUCCUUAUAUUAAAGCAUAUCCACCAAAAGAUAUAUGCUUUGUAUUGUUGUUAAAAGUAUUACUUGUUUUCUAAUUUUGUUUUAAUAAAAUCUAACUGCAU